CCCCUCCCCCCUUUAUAUUUCUUUCCCUGGUUUGCUUUAAUCACGUUUUGUUGAAUGAAUGCUAUCUCUCCUGCUGACUAAGUUAGGAUAAGGUAUUAAACCCUGCUUGUAACUUAAGAGUGACUAGAUAGAUCUAAGGUUCCAAAGCAGAAAGUGAUGGGUUGAGAUAAGCUUAACUAUGUGUAGCCUGGAACAAUCAUAUUACUGAUUACUCACACAUAGAUGUCUACAACUUCACACUGUAGAUGCACUAGGCAAAUGGUUCGAUCAAGGCGUUCGUUGUGCAUAUCCGAAAUAGGAACAAUUUUAUAUUUUUCACAUUUUACAGAGUUCAUAUGCUUGUGUUGAUCUUUGCACAUGAGCAUACAACUAGAAAUCAAGAGUAAUGCAUCAUGACUGAUAAGAGGCUAUAUGUUUGUCAGAGAACUGUUGUGACUUGUGACAACCAUUGAUUCAAAUUGAAAUAAAGUGCUUCACCAUGUUAUUUAAUCCUCAUCAAAGCAACCAUAGGUUUUAAGUGAUUAAGUCCACUUGUCUAAAGAAAAGUGCUUUCUUCAAUUUCAUUUUUAAUGGGGGUACUGUGGUUAUAUGUUAAAUCAUAUUAACAAAUUAGCUCCAUAGUCCCUGGGAACGUGAAACCAUGCCAGAUUCCUUGUCCAAAAAUGUUUUUCCUGUUCGAAGAACACAGAAGCAAUCUCGUCCCCACCGUGUGGCCUGUCAAAACCUUCCUGGGAACUUGGUGACUGUGAUCAAUCCGUUCCAUGCUACACCAGCAAAUGAGUUCUCAAUAUGUAAUUGACUUUGCUAUCGGCUGAGCUUGUGUAUGUAGGCAUCAUAUUAAAAAAGCUUUCAGCUUUUUUUUUAGGAAACAACACUCAAUAGUUUAUAUAAUGCUCCAGAGAUAACAUGUUUAACAUAUCUUUUGUGUGCCUAAAUUGCUUUUUGUCGACUAACCACUCAUUCAAGGGGUGCUCCACCUACUAGGAUGUUGUUGAUAGCCCAAUCAGUUUUAAGCUGACAAAUCAGACUCCAAUUUCGCUAGAUGGCUAUGGUUCACACAAAGUGGACAGGAUCAAUUCAGAGCAAUAAAAGGAUAAACAUAUGCUCUUUAGGAGUCUUGUUUGCAUAAAGUAAAGAGGAAUCGCACCGAGGGAUAGGCAUUGUGAGUAUGACGUGUGCUUUGCAUGGGCCAGCACCUGACUCAGUUCCUGUGAAAUCAUGAAUCCACCAACGGAGGUCAAAUACCUGACUGCAGCCAGCCAGAAUGUUUACAGCCACACAUGAUGAUCCUAUAGCUGGCUAGAAGAAGAAGAAAUAUUUACAGCCAUCCAGCAUAACCUUAGAGCUGGUUUGAAGAGGAUGCAACCGGUGCAGCUGCACAAAUGCACAAGGACAUGGAGUACCCAAGAAGGACACUGCUGCACACCCCUUUCUCCGGGCAUCCCUCUGGUCCAAGCCAGCCAAUAGAUGGAGCCACGGCCACAGACGGAAGCAACUUCGACGCGAACGUGGUCAUGAUCCUGGCUGUCCUCCUGUGCGCGCUGAUCUGCGCUCUCGGGCUCAACUCCAUCGUCCGGUGCGCGCUGCGGUGCUCGAGCCGGGUGGUGGUGGGUCCUGAACCGAACCAGGUGACGCGGCUUGUCCAGAGCGGGCUGAGGAGGAAGGCGCUCCGAGCCAUGCCGGUCCUGGUCUACUCGCCUGGGCUGAGGAUCAAUGCUGCCAACCCGACAUGCGCGAUCUGCCUCUCGGACUUCGAGGCAGGGGAGCAUGUCAGGGUCCUCCCCAAAUGCAACCACGGCUUCCAUGUCAGGUGCAUCGACCGGUGGCUGCUGGCGCGGUCGACGUGCCCGACGUGCCGGCAGUCCCUGUUCGGAGUGCCGCAGAAGGCCUCCGGCUGCUCCGAGGCGAGCCGGGCUGCCGAGCCAGAGCCUGCGCCUGCGCCUGCGCCUGCUCGCUCUGUCCUUGUGCCGCUCAGACCUGAAGGUUUGGUCACUCAUUAUGAUUUUUAGAAUGUUCGGUUGCUUCUUAGUCGUUGCAUAAAUGAUGAGAGGGAGGCUGAGAAAAAGUAGAAACAAAAACUGUGAGCAUUAGAUCUUACUGCCAAUCUGGUUUGUACAUUGUUGGUUGCUAGAGAAAAAAAAGAUGUGAAGGUUUUCUA